AUGCAGCUUACCUUUAAAGAUAUACCCACCGUACCCACAUCAACAGAUCUUUUGGAUAUCAUUCUUAAUAGAACCCAAAGAAAGACUCCAACUGUUGUUCGUCCUGGUUUCAAAAUAACAAGAAUAAGAGCUUUUUACAUGAGAAAAGUUAAAUUCACUGCUGAAGGCUUUUCUGAAAAAUUCACUGAUAUUCUAUCUGGAUUCCCCAACAUUAAUGAAAUCCACCCAUUUCACAGAGAUUUGAUGGAUACCUUAUAUGAAAAAAAUCAAUUCAAAAUCUCGUUAGCUUCUGUAUCCAAAGCAAAAACUCUAAUCGAACAAGUAUCCAGAGAUUAUAUCAGAUUACUCAAAUUCGGUCAAUCCUUAUUUCAAUGCAAACAACUAAAAAGAGCUGCUUUAGGUAGAAUGGCAACAAUCCUAAAAAAAUUAAAAGAUCCUCUAGUCUAUCUCGAACAAGUUAGACAGCAUUUAGGUCGUUUGCCAUCAAUUGAUCCAAACACCAGAACCCUCUUAAUUUGUGGCUAUCCAAACGUCGGUAAAUCUUCUUUUUUAAGAUGCAUCACUAAAGCUGAUGUCGAUGUACAACCCUACGCUUUUACAACUAAAUCCCUUUAUGUUGGUCAUUUUGACUACAAAUAUUUAAGAUUCCAAGCCAUUGAUACCCCCGGUAUUCUAGAUAGACCAACCGAAGAAAUGAAUAAUAUUGAAAUGCAAAGUAUUUACGCUAUUGCCCAUUUAAGAUCUUGCAUUCUUUAUUUCAUGGAUUUAUCCGAACAAUGUGGCUUUUCCAUCCAAGAUCAAGUCAAAUUAUUUCACUCAAUUAAGCCCUUAUUUGCCAAUAAAUCCGUCAUGGUAGUAAUAAAUAAAACUGAUAUUAUUAAACCAGAACAUUUAUCCGAAGAUAAUCAAAACCUAUUGAAAUCAGUAGUAGAAAUUCCAGGUGUCGAUGUUGUUCAAAUAUCCUGUAUCGACCAAGACAACGUAAUGAAUGCUAGAAAUAAAGCUUGCGAAAAAUUAUUAGCCGCUAGAAUUGAACAGAAAUUAAAAGGUACUUCCAGAGUUAACAACGUCUUGAGCAAAAUUCAUGUUGCCAACCCAGCUCAAAGAGACGACAUCAAAAGAGAAGCCUUUAUUCCUGAAGCUGUUAAAUCCUUUAAAAAAUAUAAUAAAGAUGAUCCUGAAAGAAGAAAAUUGGCUCGUGAUAUUGAAGAAGAAAAUGGUGGUGCAGGUGUUUAUAACAUUAAUUUGAAAGAUAGAUAUCUUCUUGAAGAUGAAGAAUGGAAAAACGACAUCAUGCCCGAGAUCCUUAACGGUAGAAACGUUUACGAUUUUCUUGAUGUUGAUAUCGUCAAUAAAUUGAAAGCAUUAGAAGAAGAAGAAGAAUCCUUGGAAAAAGAAGGGUUUUAUGAUUCAGAUUCAGAAAUUGAAGAUGAUGAAAUAGAAGAAGUAAGAGAAAAAGCAAACUGGAUUAGAAAUAAGCAAAAAAUCAUGAUAAACGAAGCAAGAAAUAAAAAAGGUAUCAAAAACAAAGGCUAUAUGCCAAGAUCAAAACAAUCAAAAUCUUUCUCCAAGAUGGUUAAUCAUAUGGAAUCUUUGGGUCAUGAUACCACUCAUUUAGUCAACAAAAAGAAUUCAUUUAUGCAAAAUAACUACAAUGCCAAUGGUGCCGAAGUUAUAAUGAGUGAAGCUAUUAGUGAAAAGAAAAUUAAAACUCCAUUGUAUCAACAAGAUAGAGCAAAUGAGGGUGUUACUGAUGUUGUUGCUAGAAGCAAGAAUGAAAGAUUAGCCAAGUUACAAAGAAAAAGAAGAUUAAAAGAUGGACAAAAGGGUGAUGCUGACAGAUUCCAAACUGCCAGUAUUCCAAAACAUUUAUUUUCUGGUAAACGUGGUAUUGGAAAAACUGAUUUUAGAUGA